AUGGCGGGCGACACCGAAGAGGAAACUGAAUUCGGCUUCCAAUGGGACGAAAGUUCUCAGCUCUACUACCAUGCCAGUACUGGAUUUUACCACGACCCACAAGCAGGUUGGUAUUAUAGCACCAGAGACCAGCUUUAUUACAAAUUCGAAGAUGGAAAAUAUGUGCUUCAUGAGUGUAAUCAGACAGACUUGUCGGCUUGUAAUGCCACCGAACAAUCAGAUUAUCCGCCGCCACCAUCAGAAUGGCUAGAAGACACUCUUAUUGAGAUGUAUUUGUCAGGCUAUUCGAAUCAAACAACCUAUGAAGCUGAGAAUAAUGACAUUGAUAAUCCAAGUGUUCAAGAGAAUGGAGAUAAUGAUAGCGAUGAACUGGAAGAAGGCGAAUGGGUCCCUGAUGACCCUGAUUUCUGGAAAAAUUUUAGUGAGAAAGUCCUAGCUAAAGGUGUAACUGAGGAAGAAGAAAACUGGCGAGCCCAAUAUGGGCAAGUGAGUAGUAGUAGAUCAGACGAGGAGUGGGUUUCGGAUUUGCAAACGGUGGAUUUAUGGGAUUGGGGUUUGGUUAGAGGGACCAAAAAAGGUGGGAAAACAGAGGUGGCUCGACUUGUUGGCAGAUUAAACAAGAGUUCUAGCAAACUUCAUCCUUCAGUGCCUUCGGGUGGUGGUAUAUUGAAAAGUGCACCAGUGUGUGAAGUGUACUUUGAUAUGGUACGAGUGACUUCAGGUCGGAUAUACCGAUUGAGGACUCCCAGCUCGAAAUAUUUGGCAUCUUUAUCGGCUUAUGAAGCUUCCAACCCAACUAAAGACUGGAGCUUUCCCCAAUUAUCCUUGAAAGAUCAUACACAGAAAUUAUCCGAAUCUCAAAACUCUGAAGGUCUUGCUGCUCAGAAGGACAAAUCUUCUUCUUCAGCAAAGCUGGUCCAAUCCAAUAAAGAUCAUAUAUAUCGAGAUAGAGCUGCCGAGAGAAGAGCUCUGCACGGUGGAUUUGGCGUGGGCCCUGGACAGAAGAACUCAACCGAAGCUUCAGAUUCUGUCCCGUCAUAUUCUGCUUCACAACGUGAUGUGGCGGAAGCUGAGGCAUUGAAUUUCUCAUUCGGGACAGGAAGUUACGCCAGGAAGAUUCUAGAAGGCAUGGGAUGGAAGGAGGGGGAGGCUCUUGGCUCGAGCAUGAAGGGUUUGAUUGAACCUCUACAGGCGACUGGAAACAAAGGAACUGCCGGUUUAGGCUUCACUAAUGGCUGCAGAAAGUGA